AUGCUACGUCGCUCUGUUAAGACACGUGGCAAGUGCCGCGAACCUGUGAGUGCUACCUUCGACCAAUCUCCCUGGUCGACGCUGCAGCCGUUGACACUGUCGCUAUCGCCCCCCUCGAGUACGCAUGCGCGUUUCGGCCUGCGGCGCACGAUGAACACCGUCUCAUUGUUACUGUUCUCCUCCUGUGCCACCGCGCAUCACCCAAUGCGGUGGGUGAGCCGCAAGUCGAUUGAGGAGCAGCUCCCGUCCAACAUCAAAGUUGACCCCAAUGCACCUGCCAUUGCGGCCAAGGAUGGUGAAGGACUUGGCCGCGACGCCUUCUCCAGCGGCAUCAACGGCAUUUACGGCAAUCGUGCGGAGUCAGCGAUGCGCGGCAUGCUGGGGCCGCAGGGGCAGGCAGACGCACGGGAGUCCCGCGCUGUACCUAUCCUUGGCCGGGCAUCGGUGCAAGGCACAAAGUACACGCUAGACCGAUCGACUGUGUUUGAGAACUGGCGCUUUCGCUGCCCGGAGCCGGUUGGCUGGCAUCUGUCCAUGUUAGGCUCCACGACGUGUAAGAUGGUCAACGAUGUGAAUGAAGCAGUGGAGUCGCUGCAGCUACAAAUUAUCAAAGGAUGCAACGUGUUCGAGAUCGACGGGGCUGCAUCGGAGAUACAUCAAAGCAUCGCCCGUGGCAUUUACGAGGCUUUGCAGGCCUUCGAGCUGGACCGUAAUGGCUUCGUGAUGGUAGCGCGCUGCGGCCUAAUCAAGCAGCCCCGCUUCCAAGACGAGAUCACGCGCGUCGAGACAUCCAACACGGCGGCCGCGCGCAAUAGAAUUAUCCCUAUCUUUGAGCGCUACAAGGCCUCUUCGCUACCGUCCACAUCCCUGAAAUCUGGCUUCCGCAUCAGCGAGCUAGAUGACUCGCAGCUGGCGCGGCUGAACCUGCGCCGCGUGGACCGAACGACGGCAGCUGGACUCUCGCCGGACUGGCUCGACGCCUUCUUCACCAAUGUUGCCUACAACACGCGACUGGAGUGCAUCGACGUUCUCCUGCUCGAGGGGGUGCACACGCUCUUCGAUGGUCGACCUGACGAGCACGUCGACGACGACAUCCUGCAGCUUUUUGCAUACCUUGAGCGUCAGGUGAAGGAGGGCGUGCUGCAGUACUACGGUGUCUGCUCACCUCACCUCGCUCCGCCGGUGCCACGCAACUAUCCGGAGAUGCCGCCCGACGCUCUUGUGCCGGAUAAGUACCGCACGCCGCCGAAGGUGCCGGCUACAAUUAAUCUCUAUCGUCUCAUGUCCCUCGCAGAGCGUGCUGGCGGCGCAGACCACCACUUUCGCUUUGUGCAGUACCCCUUCAACCUUACGCAGCAUCAGGCGAUGAGUAGCCCUCUCUCGUACGACGCAAAUCACACCCUGGCGACGCUGUGCAAGGCGCUGGGGCUGACCGCCAUUGGCUACAGCCCAUUGGAGGCAACGAACCUCAUGCAGCUGCCGGAGCGCUACCACAACUUUCCCAUGGAGGCGGACCUCAAGGCGUUGCGCAUGAACUUCUUCACAGUGUGCGAGCGCAGCGUGCUGAAGGAGAUGGAGAUCAAAGACACGAUCGACAAGGGACCCAGCACGCUGCCACCACUCGAGCACCUCUUUGUGGCCAGCGUCUACCUGGCGGCGCAGCGGCAGUUCACAAACCUCUUCUUCUUCACAGACUGGGCAAACUACUACAUGACGCCGCGCUUCCGGCGUGCUAUGACGCGCUUCAAAGAAGCCUCUAACGCGGACCUGAAGGAGUGGGCAAAGCAGUACGAGCAGCUCAUCAACGACCUGCUUCGGAUGCGCCAGCGCAUGUUUCAGCACAAGCACGGCAAGCAGGCGGGACUCAUCAGCAUGGCCAUUGAUUACGCAAGUCCCACGCUGGCGCGGUGCCCUAUGCUGAACCAGAAAGCCAUUAAUUUUGCCACCUACGGUUGUGAUGUGCUUCUGUGUGGUUUUCAUGUGUCGCGGUACUUCCACGAGGCAACGGAACUGAAUCCGGCCAAGGACGGCAACUUGCCUAUUCCCGAAGAAGAGCUCCUGGCACUGUGCAAGGCGGAGGCGGUGAGCUACGCGAACGUAUCGCCGCCGCAUCCAUACAUGCUGGAGCCGCUCAUAGGGGAUGGCAAGAUCUCGAAGCAGCCGAGCAAGGGCUCUGAGCAUCUCGUCCCCAUCGACCCUCAGAACCCCAAGUUCCCGGACAUUCCAGAGGAGCUGCAGGCAGAUAGCAGUAGCAGCGACGCUCCGGUAUCCGCAGACGACCCCAUAGAGUCUCUGCCCAAGGCGGAGGCAGCUGAGAAGGCGACGAAGGAGUGA